AUGGAUCGCAAGAUUCGCUCUGGUCAGUGGCUUCUGCCACUGUUGGCGUUGGUAGUGUUUGUGAUCGUACGCAUCGGUGCACAAGUGGACGGAUAUGGUGGGGCUGAAGUUAAAAUGCUCGAUGGUGAGAAGGUGGUCACGAUCAAGUUCGAGCCGUACAUGGAGCUCUGCCGGGGCACGUACAUACAGUCGCCCGCCGUGCUGAGUCAACUGUUCUGCUUUUACGAUGUGCGUAACAUGCACAGCAUCAUCAUCCCCAGCAAGGUGGAAGUCAUCAGUAACGACCCGUUCGUGGCACUGUUCCACGGCAUAGUGCACGAUGGUGAGAUUGCCCAGUUGCAGUCGCUGGGCGGUACACACAUUAAGCAGUCCGGACCGACGAAUGAUAGCUGGCUGCCGGUGUUUUACGAAAACCAUCAAACAUUCACACUGCACGAUCGGGACCAUCCGCUGGUGGAGCGGUUGACCCAGCGCAUCGAAAAAGUGACCGGGCUGAGCUGCGAAUCGGCCGAAGAUCUGAAGGUGAUCUACAACGAGGUCGGUUCGUUUAAGACGAGCGCAAUAGAUGCGAUCCAGACGAAGGAGGAAUACCAUCGUUUCGCCUAUGCCGGUGAUCGAAUGGCCACAGUGCUGUUCUUCCUGAACGACGUCUCUAAAGGAGGUAACAUCAUUUUCCCUAAGCUCCACAUCGCUAUACCUCCUCGGAAAGGGACGGUAGCUUUCUGGUACAACCUGAAGGACACUGGCGAAGCGAAUCCGCUUAUGAAGUACAGCAUCUGUCCACUGCUGGAAGACACCAAAUGGACGGCAAAGAAAGUGCUUCACACGCGUGGGAACGAGCUUCGUCAACCAUGCCGUCCAGAAUCAGCACCAGUGCCGGAGACGAAGUAG